CCGCCAAAAUUUGCCGCCUCGCACUUGACGAAAAACUCCACGAUUGACGUUCGUCGUGGAGGGGAAAUCCGAUUGAUGGGGAAUAGAGAGUCGACCAGUCGAUCGGCCGUGCAAAAGUCGUCAGUGUUCUGAAAAGUGCUCAAGAAACAAGUUGCAAGUAAGACGAGCGCCAAGAAUUCACACUACAGCAGAGUCUGGAAGCGGAGAAAGCCUACCAAACCACUGAGUCACUCAGCAAAUCCCUCUCGAGUUAUCAAGCAGUCAAAAUACGCGGCGAGCAGUGUUGAGAAGAUGCCUUGCCCGUUCCUCAGUAACUUCAAUGCCAGUUUCUUGCGCAACAACGCCUCGCUGCUGCUCAAGACGUACGGCCAUCACUGUCCGGUGCUGACCAACACGCUGGAGGGCAGCAUUGCGCCGCAGGCGAAGCGCGGCUUCAGCUUCCUGAGCAAGAAGCCGCAGGAGCCCGAGACGCCGGCCAGGAAGUGCCCCUUCCUGUCCACCGCCACCACGUCCAAGCUGGUGACGGAGGUGCGCGAGGACAUCCAGGACAUUCCAUCCACGCGACCAUUCCACUACGAGCAGUUCUUCGCCGAGCAGAUAAUGCGCAAGAAGCGCGACCACUCGUACCGCGUCUUCAAGAAGGUCAACCGCCUGGCGGAACAGGGGAAAUUCCCGCGCGCCGUGGAGUAUUCCUGGGGCGAGCGUCCCAUCACCGUUUGGUGCUCCAACGACUAUCUGGGCAUGUCGUGUCAUCCGGAAGUGAAGGCGGCCGUGCGCAAGGCUCUGGAGGAGCACGGAGCCGGCGCCGGCGGCACGAGGAACAUCUCUGGGAAUUCGCUCUAUCACGAGCGCCUGGAGAAGCGCCUGGCGCAGCUGCACAACAAGGAGUCGGCGCUGCUCUUCUCCUCGUGCUUCGUGGCCAACGACUCGACGCUGUUCACGCUGUCACGCCUCCUGCCGGGCUGUCACAUCUUCUCGGACGCCGGCAACCACGCGUCGAUGAUCCAGGGCAUCCGCAACAGCCAAGUGCCGAAGCACAUCUUCCGCCACAACGACCCGAACCAUCUCAGAGAGAUGCUGCAGCAGGUGGACAAGGGCGUGCCGAAAGUCGUGGCUUUCGAGACGGUGCACUCGAUGACGGGCGCCGUGUGUCCGCUGGAGGAGUUGUGCGACACGGCGCACGAGUUUGGCGCCUACACGUUCAUCGACGAGGUGCACGCGGUCGGGCUGUACGGGCAGCACGGCGCGGGCAUUGGCGAGAGGGACAAUCAGCUGCACAACAUGGACAUCAUUUCCGGGACGCUGGGAAAAGCCUUCGGCAACAUUGGCGGCUACAUAGCCGGCUCCGCUAAUCUCGUGGACAUGAUCCGCUCAUACGCGGCGGGCUUCAUCUUCACCACGUCUCUCCCACCGACUGUGCUGGCGGGCGCGCUGAAGGCCGUGGAGAUCCUCUCGUCGAGUGAGGGGCGCGAGCUGCGGCGCCGCCACCAGACCAACGUGCAGUACCUGCGCCAGCUGCUGCGGCGCGAGGGCUUCCCGGUGGAGCCCACGCCCAGCCACAUCAUCGCCAUUCGCGUCGGCGACCCGCUCAAGUGCAACCAGGUGUCGGAUCUGCUGAUCCGCGAGUUCGGCCAGUACGUGCAGGCCAUCAACUAUCCCACGGUGGCGCGUGGCGAGGAGAAGCUGCGUCUGGCGCCGACGCCCUAUCACACGCCCGAGAUGAUGGACGGCCUGGUGGCGAACAUGAAGGCCGUGUGGCAGCAGCUGGACAUGAAUCUCCGCCGCGAGUCGGUGUGCAACACUUGCCAGAAGCCUGUGCUGCUGGACAGCCUGAGAGCCGUGAAGUGCGGCCCGGAGAUUCUCUGUCAGAUUCCCAAUUGUCCGCAAAUCGCCCUGGCGGCGGCCUAAAUCUCCUCGUCGAAGAAAGUGAAAUAUCACUGCUUCGCGCAGCUCGUCUUCAACUUUCUCUUUUCUCUCGUGGUUUAGGUGAUAACACAGUUCAACUGUGCUCUGCUAGGUUGAUGUUCGAACAAUGUUCUGUGCUGUAAUGGGAAUAAAUGUUUUAACCAUGUGAAAA